GUCCCGAAAUACUUGGCUCCGUGGCAUGGACGGGCCGACGCUGCUCGCCUCCGACGCCCGCGAAGAGCUCGAAGAGGCCGCGCCGUCGCCGCUGCGCACCAAGGCCAAGCUCAUGAUCCGGCCGAUGCCAAAGGCGUGCAACCCCGUGCCAGCAAGUCCUGUCAAGCUCAGUCGGUACGCCGACGCGCUCGGCUCGAUCGAAGAGGACAACCCGUUCGGCGACCUUACGCACGAUAAGCUCCGGCAACUGAGUGGCAAGUCGGACUUGACCAAAGUCACGUUUCUCCAGCUCUCCAUUGACACGGGCAAACAGUCGGUCGAGGCGCUCGGCGAGCUCUUGCCGUCGCUACUGCAGCUGCGCUUGCACGAGAGCAAGCUGCAUAGCUUCCGCGACCUUGGCACGUCGCUGCACAGCCUCCAGGUGCUCUGGCUCGAGCGCUGCGGCGUGACCGACCUCGAUGGCAUCGGCGCGCUCACGGGCCUUCGCGAGCUGUACCUCAACGGCAACUGCAUCAGCGACAUCAGUCCGCUGAGCAUGCACGACGAGCUGUCGGUCGUGGACCUGCAAGGCAACGCCGUUAUGGACAUUGUACAGAUCGAGCAGCUUGGGUUAUGUCCCCAGCUCACGGCGCUCAAGCUCGUCGAGAACCCGGUGGCGAGCAUUCCGCAGUACCGCGCGAUCGUCAUCAGCUACAUUCCGCACCUGACGGCCCUCGACGACAAGCCCAUCACCGCUGCCGACCGCACGCCCGUGACGUCGGCGACUAUCGACCUCGCCCUUCGCUUCGACCACUCGGCCGGCGGCACGAAGCUCGUGCCCGAGUCGCCGUCACGGCCGCCAAGCGCCGCCAAGUCGACGUUCGACAUGCUUCUCGACGCGGCCAAGGACCAGCACUCGAGCGACCUCACGCAUGGCACGGACGUUGUGUUUGCCGGCAACGUGACGAGCGCACUCCGACGCCGUAGCCACGAGCACUACCACAACAAUGCGUCGGCCAUGGACGACCCGCAGCGACCGCCGACGCCCGCGAGCAGCUUCCCGCCGCGACCAAGCACACCGCUGCAGCGCGAGUCCAUCACGGCGACGCUCGACCGCGCGUGCGAGCUCGACUUGACGUCGCGCCUCAGCUCUAAGUCGCGCGACUCGAUCUUGCACGAGCUCAAAGCGUGGAAGCUCGAGACGUCGGUGGCGCAGGUCGGCCGGCCCGAGACGCCGUCCAAGCGCAGCAGUGCCAAGAAGACAUCGUCGCGGCCGCACACGUCAGGCGGUCGGACGCCGGUCCGAGAGGCCUUUGGCGAGUCGGCGCCGCGCCGCCACAGCCGAUCCAGCCCCAUCAAGUCGGUGAGCAAGCCCCACGCGGUCGAGAUCCUCGUGCUCGACGACCAAACGCCGGACGACUCGCCGCCAACAUUCACGGGUCUGCACGAGGAGUGGACGCUGGAGCUGCAAGCACUCUCGCCACGGAUCGAGCCGCAAGCGAUUCCGUCGUUCAAGAAGCACAUAUUCGACGCGAGUCAGAGCGACAGUGACAGCGAGAAGGACGAGAAUGACGACGACGAGGACCUCGGACACCUGCCGCUUCGCACGGCGCGGAAGCUCCAGCACUUCAACGUGGGUGACAGCCUCAACGCGAUCGACGAGUGGACCAACCGCCUCUUGCACGCCGAGGACGGGCCUGUCGCUGUCGUACCCGUCACAGAGCGCUGCAAAACCCCCAAGCGCCGUCCGAGCGCCGGGCCAAAGUUUCUCGAUGUCCCAUCAACGGUUGUCACACCGGUCACGACUCCAGCCAAAACAGUAGCAACUCCGACACCGACACCGGCCAAGUCACCAACCAAGGCAUUGCCGCUCAAGUCCGACGCAGUGUCCGGUGCGCGGCCAGCCGACGCGCCAACCGCCGAUGUGCUCCUUGUCGAGGCCGCGACGUACGAGAGCCUGGACGACGCGAGUCUCGUGGUCCUCUUACAAGGCAAGGACAAGGCCAACCUCCACCACCUCAAGACCAAAGAGAGCUUUCGGGGUUUCUUCCACGGCAUUGAGCGCAUCCGGCUCGAGACGCUGCUGCGACGAGCGUACGGCGACGGCGACAAGAUGCAAAAGCGGCUCGGCCUCAUGGCCGGACGCACCUCGUAAUACACCAACUUAUUCGCGAG